AUGUCUACAACUAAGAAUGGUUUUUUCUUGCAGGCUAUACGCUGUACCCACCCUAACUGUACGUGUGAAUGUUUCACCCCGGAGAAAGCCUGUAUCAGAACUUGUGAAUCUUGUAAACAUGGUUGGGUCACCCAUGCUCUGGAUAAACUAGGCUUCAACCACGUUUUUAACCUCGGAAUGCAGGUCGAGAUUGUCCAGCCCAAUAUCGUGUUUGAUAUCGCCAGUUUGAUGUUAUAUGGUUCACACGCCACACCAGUACGCCUUAAAAUCUUACUUGAUCGCCUUUUCAGUGUCUUACAACAUGACGAAGUUUUACAAGUCCUCCACGGGUUUGGGUGGACGUACGAAGAUUACGCCAGGGGCUACAUUUUACAGGUAAGGAGCUGUUUUUACCUCUGUCUAAAAAUACUUCUUUGA